AUGAGGUCUACAGCUCGAGUCCUGUGCCCCGACUCCCACCCGCAGACACGCCAGCCAGCCAGAGAGGAUGAGGGGGCCACGUGGGGCUCACAACCUCCCCGGACUGAGAGGGGCGGUGACAGGAAGCGUCCCCCCUCUAUCCUGAGACCCAGACGGCAGGAAUGUGGGUGCCAUGGGGCUGAGCCACAAAGAACUUCAAGGCAUGUGCGGUUCCGAGAACCCCUGGAGGUGGCCGUCCACUACAUUGCCCGCAGGGACAGGACAGCCUCCAUCAAGGUGCCCAGCCGGUCAGCUUCCCAUGGUGGCUCUCCACUCCCGUCAGCACCCUGCAGAGGCUCCCCCUUCCUGUGGCUGACUCUGUGUGUUCUGCUGGGAGUGGCGCUGGGCCUGUACUGUGGCCAGGUCAAACAUGUCACAGUGACCCUGCAGGACCUCUGGGAUUGGCUUCUCGUCCGCAUCUUGCGCCUGUGGCAUGUCGUUCUUACCUGUUGGCACUGCCUCCUGAAGCUCUGACACAUGGCUGAAUGGCAGUUUCACCUCUGAACAUCGCUGAAGGGUGAUGCUGGUGGGGCCUAGGGUGGUUUGGGGACUGGCACGUGGUGAAGCCCAGGCACUAAGACUAACAAGACGGCUAGCCGAAGCUUGACAAA